AGAGGCUGUUUCCCCCUGCCUUCAACAUGCCUCCUGGUUCACUGUCAGAGAGGCUGUUUCCCCCUGCCUUCAACAUGCCUCCUGGUUCACUGUCAGAGAGGCUGUUUCCCCCUGCCUUCAACAUGCCUCCUGGUUCACUGUCAGAGAGGCUGUUUCCCCCUGCCUUCAACAUGCCUCCUGGUUCACUGUCAGAGAGGCUGUUUCCCCCUGCCUUCAACAUGCCUCCUGGUUCACUGUCGGAGAGGCUGUUUCCCCCUGCCUUCAACAUGCCUCCUGGUUCACUGUCAGAGAGGCUGUUUCCCCCUGCCUUCAACAUGCCUCCUGGUUCACUGUCAGAGAGGCUGUUUCCCCCUGCCUUCAACAUGCCUCCUGGUUCACUGUCAGAGAGGCUGUUUCCCCCUGCCUUCAACAUGCCUCCUGGUUCACUGUCAGAGAGGCUGUUUCCCCCUGCCUUCAACAUGCCUCCUGGUUCACUGUCAGAGAGGCUGUUUCCCCCUGCCUUCAACAUGCCUCCUGGUUCACUGUCGGAGAGGCUGUUUCCCCCUGCCUUCAACAUGCCUCCUGGUCUACUGUCAGAGAGGCUGUUUCCCCCUGCCUUCAACAUGCCUCCUGGUUCACUGUCAGAGAGUGUUUCUGAGAAACAAGAUGUCUAGUGAGAAAGGAGAAGCAGGGAAAAGGGAAAAACUCCCGCUUUCAUCUUCCUCCUACUCUCAUUGGAUGACUGCCAGAGAGGGCAUGGAAUUCAGUAUAAAUACAAGCCAAGCUCUCCUCCAUUCACAACUUCUAUCACUUCUCUCCUUCAUUCACAACUUCCAUCACUUGACUGAGCUGUCCAUCCAGACUCUGAAAGAAACUGAAGAAGCAGUAUCCAUGACCAACAUGAUGACAUCAAAGGUCCUCAUCAGCUUCCUGGCCUGUCUGCUCCUGGUCAAUGUUGAAGGCCAGGUGGGUCAUUCUAAAGCUCGGUGCCUGUGUCUGAAUGGACUGGUGAACCACGUUAAACCUCUUCACAUUGAGAUGCUCGAGGUGUACACCUCCAGCCACUCCUGCAGGAACAUGGAGAUCAUUGUCACUCUGAAGAACGGAGAAGGGAAGAAGUGUCUGAAUCCAGAAGCUCCAUUUGCCAAGAAAACCAUCGGGAAAAUAAUGAAAAACCGAAGGUAUGUAGACUUCAUUACAGAUUCAAUACACACUAACUGAUCCAUAUGCAUCUUUCUCAACAGAGCAAUGCUCAGUACAUCAGUUUUACAUCGGUACAUCAGUAUUAUAUCAGUAUUUCCAUAUUAUAUCAGUACAUCAGUAUUAUAUCAGUACAUCAGAAUAUCAGUUUUAUAUCAUUAUAUCAGUAUUAUAUCAGAAAAUCAUUGCAAUAGUACAUCGGUAUUAUAUCAGUAAAUUAGUAUUUUUUAGUACUAUAUCAGUACAUCAGAAUUAUAUCAGUAAAUCAGUACAUCAGUAUUACGUCAGUAUUAUAUCAGUACAUCAGUAUUAUAUCAGUAU